AAAAAAAGCUUUAAUCCUAAGCAAGUAUUGAAAAAUACAGCACUUCACACGCUGUGAAGUCCACAAUGAUAGUUUCAUUAGAGUUUAGAAGUUUUAAAAUAUUUUUAUGCCUCAUAGUCACUUCCUAAAACUCUUCUAAAGACUCUUCUGCGCUAUGUUGCCUUUAAGGCUAAACUCGGGGCUUUCAAGCUGAAAUCCCUCACUUGACGUGGAAAAAAGACGCACGACAAGUCUUGCCUGUUUCUAUUAAGGGUGCAUAAUUGUUCCAGCCCUCAAAAAGUAAUUUUCUAUCAUAUUCUUCUAAAAGUGAAUUAAUAGCUGUGUUUUUUGUGUUUAAACAAAGAAUUGUGUGAUUGGUUUGUGUUAUACAAAAUGUGUUUGAUGGUCCGGGAAACCUUUAAGCGGCGGAGUAAAGUGAUUAGACGAAGUACUUGUCAGUCAUUUGAAGUGUAGUUAGGUAGCGUUGCUCCGCCCUCCGCAAACUGCCAGCAGCUGCAGCUAGCAGCAGAGCAAAUGGUCAUUUGGAUGCACACAUUGAAUGAAAGUCAGUGUAGGAGGCUGUAGUCAGCAGCAACUAACAAUAUCUGCACUAGGUGAAGUUAUCGCACAGUGUAGAUUGUAGGCACUCAGCUUCACAGGACAAGCAGAGACACGCCUAUACUUUGGAAAAAUCCAGGUUGGAGAUAUUUGUGGCAGGGGAAGGAGCAGGCGGUGUGAGGUAAUGCAGCGGGUCACGGCGCAGCUCGUCGCCGGGCUGGUCGCAGCGGUGCUGUCGCUGCUGUCCGAGCAGUCCUGGGCAGAUGGUGGGGGGCCCAGCCUCUCUGAACGGGUUAUCUGGGCUGUAAAUGCCGGGGGCGACGCGCAUGUAGAUGUGCACGGUAUUCACUACAAAAAGGACCCACUGGAAGGGAAACUUGGUAAAGCCUCUAAUUAUGGGAUGCGUCUGCCAAUACUACGGUCCAAUCAGGAGGACCAGAUUUUGUACCAGACAGAGCGCUACAAUGAAGACAGCUUUGGAUAUGACGUCCCCAUUCGUGAAGAAGGAGAGUAUAUACUGGUUAUGAAGUAUGCAGAAGUUUACUUUGCUCAGUCACAGCAAAAGGUGUUUGAUGUUCGUCUAAAUGGCCACGUGGUGGUGAAGGACCUGGAUAUAUUUGAUCGAGUAGGACACAGUACUGCUCAUGAUGAGAUCGUGCCCUUCUCUAUUAGACGGGGCAAGCUGAGCGUGCAGGGAGAGGUAUCCACUUUCAACGGCAAGCUCACUGUGGAGUUUGUAAAGGGUUAUUAUGACAACCCCAAGAUCUGCGCUCUCUACGUGAUGAAGGGGACAUUAGAAGAUGUACCAAAGCUUCAACCUCACCCUGGCUUAGAGAAGCCUGAGGACGAUGACGACGACGAUGAUGAGGGUGAAGUAGGCGAGGAAGGUGGGAAGAAAAAGCCCCCAAAAGGUACCCAUCACAGGGUCCAGUCAGGCCCCCGAACACCAAACCCAUACGCAGCUGACAACAGCAGCCUAAUGUUUCCCAUCCUCGUUGCGUUUGGGGUGUUCAUCCCAACACUGUUCUGCCUCUGCCGGCUGUGAGCUAAAACUAUCUACUAACGAGACGGACACGGGACUGUGAAGGAAGGGAGGAGGAGAAUGAGGGGGGGGAGGGGGUCAUGGUGGUAACAGCAGCACAGGUAAAACAUACACACAGGAGAGGGCUGGACAAGGAAGUACACAAAGAAGACAAUAACUUUUGGAAGACCCACUGCAAGACGACGCAGAUGCUGUAAGAAUGGGGGGGAAGGAGAUGCAGGAAGUGUAUGCUGUGCGCUUCUCUUUGAAUUUGUUUGCAUCCACCUCUGCUGACCCUUUUGAACAGUGUUAGCCAUUUCCACACCAGUCCUUCAAAGGCUGGGGGGAAAAAAAAAAACAACAUUUCGGCAUUAAAAGGAUGCUCAGGAGUGUUUGGUCCGGGACGGUUUUUGUAAACUAAAAAGCAUUGCUUUGUACGGGGCGUAGAAAGAAUGCACUCCUGCUCAGCAUCUGGCCAGACAUGUUACUUUCAAAUUGGAAAUGGUACUGCUGAGAAUUUGAUUAAAUAAACUAGAAAUCUGUCACGGUUAAUGGAAAUGCAGUUGUCAUCUGAGAGACAAGUGCAGAGAUGGAAUAUUCGUAUCUUUCUGUUCUAGUUGGUCCUUUUUUGUUGAUGUGCCAUCUUCUACCUGCCAUGUUGAAAUAUCAGAAAGUCCUUUGAUAACCGGUGGGCUCACUUGCUGUCUAAGUCGCCUUGCCUUUACGUAAAUGUAGGUCAGGUUUCAGAAAUGCGUCUGUGUGCAGUGAUGAACAUCUUUGGUAUUGUUCCACCAAAUACUAAAUCAGGGCCAUCAAAAAUGUGCUCAUCUGUGAUAACAAAUUACAAGACCCUAUUGGAGUUUGUUUGGUCGCUUUUUUUGUUUGUUUGGUUUUUUUUGGGGGGGGGGGUCAUCCCGAGGAUGGAUUUAUUUUACAAGUCGCACAUCUAAUCUUUAAAAAAAAAAAAAAAAGCUGUUUCCUUCAGUAAAAGACGCCAUAUUCAUAUUUAGUGAGAGGCAAAGUUCAUGCUGUGAAAAGCUUCAUUGAGUCAGUUACAUCGCUGUAUUUUCUGUGACAUCUGCCUUUUUUUUUCUUUUUUUUUCUGUUCAUUCACUAGUGCGUGUCUUUUUUUGUUUCACCAAAGAAUGUCAUUUUUGUUAUUUUAUCAGAAAACUUCAAACAUGGUGGCCUGGUUUUGUUUUUUUGUUUUUUUUAAAUUUGAAUUUUAUAUCUCUGUCCAAAAUGUGUUUUUAAAACAAAUGUGAGUAGUUGACUCUGAAGUGUUAAACUAUCACAACAGGUCAGGACUUCUUAAUAUUAGGAUUCUAAAUGAUUACAAAUCCCCCCCCCCCCGAUACACUUGCCAUGUAUUCUCCAAGUCACUCUUUGUAUAUCGGAUGUUUGUCCUCUGAGAGGUGAGAAAGCACAACAAUAAUAUAAGUUUUUAAAAAAAUCAACUGUGUACCAGAUGAUAUGUGUGAACCUUUAUUCAAUUCUUCUCUUAGCUUUUUCCAUUCUGUUGUCGUCAAACGUUUCAGUGUUGCCUGUACCUUUUAUGUGUAGUUACAUUGUGAAUUUCCUGUGGGGUCAUAUUUCGGUCUUUUGAGUUGAUCAAAUUGGGACAAAAUGAAAUCUAUGAGCCCCCCCCCGCCUCGCACUCCCCUCACAUAUCUAUGUUGUCGGCGUCCGCUUUGAGCUUUUGUUUGGACAAAAAUGUUCUUGGCUUUCCACGCAGACUGAAAAGAAGCUUUGUUUUUUGGUUUUGGUGGCGUUGUUGUGAAGUCUCCUGUUAAUGUAUCUAGUUACUUACCUUAAGUGCUUAGCUCUACUCUGAGGAUGAUUUUGUAACUUUGCCUGUUUCACUAAUGCGUCUUAAGUACUCACCACCCAAUCCUCCUCUCCCUUCUCUGACUAGUAUUGCUGUUGCCAUACGCAGUACUUGAAAAGUGAUUAAUAAUUCAGGCGUCGUGGAUGCUUCCUUACUCCUCAGUCCUCCUCAUUGUGAUUGAUGGUGGUUUAAAAAUUUGGUGCCAGAAAAUAUUUAGCCAGUUUAUGGUAGUGUUGUGUGUGUGUGUUUUGUUUCUUUUGAAUGUUGUAAUAUCUUACUCUUAUUUCAUACAGACUGGUGAGAAAUGAAAGAACAAACCAACAGUGUUUCAGUGUGCCUUGGCACUGAUUCCAGAAGUUUCCAGAUAAGUGUGUCACGAAGGAAACUGACUGGCGUCUUAUGCGGGAGCUUUAGCAUGUUUGGGUUGUUUUAGUGUGAAGUUUACUCAUAUUUUCACUUUAUUUUUGGUUGGGUUAAGGCAGCCAAACCUGGUGGGGUUUCCUAAGUGGUUAAUUGUUAGUAUCUUCAGAAUUUUGCUGGUGACGCCAAAAUGCCUUGACUGAGUCUCAGCAUGUUGUUGUUGUUGUUGUUGUUGUUGUUGUUUUUUUUGUUUUUUGUUUUGUUGUUUUUUUUUAAUUGGAAGUGAGACUAGACUCGGACCCUCCUUCAAGUCACUCCCAUCGGGUUUGAAGGUUUGUUUUGUUUUUUGUUUGUUUCUUCUUGUAGGACAAAGAUGACCAUUUGAUUGCGUUGACCUUUGCCUUUAUGGUGGCACUUAGGCUCGCUUGAUGACACGGAUAUCGAGAAUGCGUAGUCCUUCCAUCUGUCUGCAUUUUCUGCCACUUAUCCAGGUCCCAAGACAGCUCCUUAAGCAGAGAUCUCUCUCUCUCUCCCCAGCCACCUCCUUUACCUUCAAGUGUUCCUAAGACAGAGACACAAUCUCUCCAGUGUGUCCGGGGUCUACUCCAGCCUAGUCCCAGUUGGACGUAACCGAAACACCUCAUCCAGGAGCUCAGAUCGGGUCCAAGUCAGAUGCCUGAUCGAGCUCAACUGGCUCAUUUUGUUGCAGAGAUCCAGCAGCUCUGCUGACCUGAAUAGCCAUCCAGUCUUUAAGGCAGAACCUAGACACCAUUCAGAGGAAGCUCAUUUCCACCGCUUGUAUUUGCUCAGUCUUUCUUUUGGUUGCUAUUUAGAGUUCAUGGCCAUAAGUGAUCCACAGGUAAAUCGACAGCUUCGCUUUCACGUUCAGCGCUCUCCUCACCAUGACAGCACUGGAGCAUACACCUGCUCCUUCCUUCUCUGUCUCACAUACAAGACCUGGAGAUACUCAACCAUCUCCUUGGGGCAACAACUUGCUCCCAGCUUGGUGUGGACUCUCCACCCUUGACAUGUACAAGCUUGCGUCCAUCACUCAAAGAAGCCAUCAAGAAAAUUUUAUAGUUCUUUAUUAUAAAUAGUGUACUAUUUAUAAUAUAGUGUACAAUUUGCAUGGUUUAAAAAGAAGAAGAAAAAAAAGGGGGGGGGCACACAGAUGUCCUCUUGGAGCCUUGUUCUCACCCCUUGCAGGGAAAAUAUAACACCAGCUUCAGGGGGCCAAGUGGACCCAAGCCAUCCCAUCAAAAUGCCUCAUAGCACAGCAGAAAAUAAGGUCUCCUCACUGCAGUCAUCAAGUAUGUGACUGAUUUUGUUUUGGGGUUUGUUUGUUUUUUCUCUCUUUCAUUUGUCACCAAUCUGUAUAAGCGCCUUUCUUUCCUCUGAAAAGAUGCAAAACGUUCAUUUAAUCCAGCGCCAAAGUCACCAUAUUCUGCUCCUCUGCAAGUCUACACAGUCGCGUUUGUAUAUAAGGUACAAGAUCACACUUUUUAUCGUGUGACGACAAUGUUUUUGGUUUUGUUAAUUUGGGGUUGUAAGUGAGGGUUUGUUUUUGAUCUUGUUUUGUUUCUUAUGAAGAUGACUUUGUGGCCUUUUCUUCUGGGGAGAAAUGGUUAUUGGUACAGAGUAUAAAAAUUCUAACAGGCAGCCAGGUGAGCUGUCUGUUAAACAAAUGAGAUUAUCUCUGAAUAUAUGGGAUCUUCCAUUGCGUUAGGUGUAAAUUAAAUCGGAGCGGGGCUGACCUGGAGAUAUUUUAUAAUACGCUUGGAUUUGUUUGAAAUUUUUUUUUUUUUUUUUCCUCAGGAUUUGUUUUAGUUUGACUUUUUAAAACGUGAUAUAUUAUUGGUGUGACAUUUUGCACUGCCUCAUGUAUUUUAAAAUGUCGUGUGUGUGUGUGCGCGUGUGUGUGUGUGCGCAUGUGUCUUUGUUGCCUUGAAUUGUUAAAUACAAAUGCGCUUUACCAUCAUUCGCCUUGAGGUGGCUCUUUUGUUGGCUUAUGUCAAAACAGCCUUUUUAUUUUUUUUUAUUUUUAUUUUAUUUUUCUUCCUUCUCUGUACAAAAAAACUUUUCAGGGCUAGAUUUUCAUUCCACAGGAAGGACUCUUUUUAGGAGAACAGGACACAUGUCAGAAGAAUUAAAAUGUAUAUCAAGUCUGUUCUUAACCUCAACUAAAAAAACCACAAGUUUUGCAGGAAAAGUGUAAUAAACAUAUACCCACAACUUAUUUCAAGCAGUCUCCUCACAUCCUUCUUUCCAGACCUUUUGUUGUUGGUCUCGUAGUUAACUACCACAGUGGAAUGAAGAUCUGCUCUGCUUUUUUUCUUUUCCCACAAGAGAACCAAAGAAUUUCAGUCAUUCCAUCCAAAUUGUUCAUCAGAGUCCUAACAUGGUGCAAAAUAAUUACCUCUCAUCCUUUCUUUCACCUGGGAAACGUGCUAAAUCAAGCUAACAUGUCAUUUCAUGUCUUGUCAUCGCAUUUAUUGAGGCCAUGCCAGAAUACUCAAUCUUGUCUUUGUUUUUUAAAAAUCAUUGUAAAAGAGUCGUUUGAAUUGCUCUGUAAUUAUUGUAAAAUUGUUUUUGUUUUGGCAUGUUUUCUUUUAACUUUUUUUUUCUUUUUUUUUUUUUCUUUUUUUUUAAACUAAACAUGUGAGAUCAACUUAAACGGAAACAAAUUUGAACAGCAGAAAUCAGCCAACUUGCCCAUUGCCCAGGCAGCAGCCCAUUCAAUUUGAACAGCCGGGUCUGCUGCCGUGAAUGUGUAUGCGUGAGACAUGGAGUGUGCAAGUUGUCCCUUAUACGCACGUGUUUGGUAAAUAAUUGCUCUUCUGAGGGAUGUAAGCAGCAGCAGGUGGACUGAGAAACUGUAUGCGAGACCCCUGAUCUUCUGCCUCAGAUAUGGCAUAUAUGGGAACUGCUGAUAAAUGCUGUCUUUUUAAUAAAUGUGCUAUUUUUAUCAGAA